AUGUUCUGGGUGCGUGCAUUGAGUGGUGAUGGAGUCUGGAUUUCCUGCGAACCUGGAGAUACGCUUCGUGACCUGAGUGGGAAGAUCCGGACGGCUCUUGGCCUCCCAUCUCUUGCGUACAUUCACGGACCGCGUCUGAAGUUCGUCCACGGACAUCGUGAGCUGCAGGUCGACACACCCGUAGGCGAUCUGGACCUGGAGGACGCCGCACUUACCGUGCUUAGCGACUCUUCCCCGGAAGUCUUUGACAUGACCUUCGAUUGCGAUGGCGAUGGCUUCUGGGACCAGUCCGGCAUGGAGUGCAAGGCGCUAAUCAAGCUCUUCGGCGAUAGCACCUUUGAGCUGGAGAUGCUUCUGCGGGAUCCAGAGUGGGCGCAAGACCCCCACUGGGACGUCUUCACGGCCGCGUCGGGCACCUGGCGUCGGCUUGGGCGCGUGGAUGGAGUUGUCUUCUGGCCCGCUGGAGCACCGUCAUCGAUCGACUUCCACAACGAUGUUGAGGAUGUGUGCUCGGGUCUUGAGAGGUUGUGCCGCUAUCCUGUGCAGAUGGAACCCCUGGCACUCCCGGCGCGAUGGUUUGGAGCCAAGUCAGAGGAGUACGGCUACGAAACUUACAUCCCGCGAGGCUGCAGGCGUAGGGCCCGGGUCCUGGUUUCCCCGGUGGACCCAAGCCUUCAUGAAGAAAGCCUUCGGCAAAGUCUGAAGGAUGGGAAGUUCAAAGUGCCUCACAUCAGCUCCUUUUUUUAA